ACGUCAAAAGGCAAUUUUCUUUUCUAAGAUAGGGAAAAAGUGUGAAAAAGACAAUUUCUCAUCAGAAAAUGGAAAACACAAGUCUCCAGUGCUCCUCGCGUGAUCGCAUCCACGCUUCGCUGCACUCCAUACGCGGCCGGGAGCUCCCCCGGUUCCACCACCUCCUCACCUCAUCCGUCUGAAGCCGCCGCUUUUGCCUCGACCUCGCCCGCAGUCCGCGAUAGCGCGGGUUGCCACCCGUCCGAUCGCGCCCGGACGACCGCGACCCCCUCCCCUCAUGUUCCGCGGCCAUGCCCCUCUCCUCCACCACCUCGCCGUCGGCGGGGGCGGCCGCCGCCGCCGCAGUGCGCACCGCUUCGCCGCCUCGCCGCAUCGCCACCCACGUUUUGUUCAGGCAGAAGCUAGGCAUUCCGGCGGGGUUCCAGGCUCAACAUGUGAAAUGUUUACCUCAUUUGAUCAGAUCUAUUGUAAGAGGUGCUAGAUCAGAUAUCACUGACGGUGACAAUGGAACAACUGAGCCCGCGAGGGAACUAUUGGAGCGUCUGUUUGCCAAGACAAAGAGUCUAGAUCCAAGCGCUUCUCAGGGUAGGGAACUGAGCAUGAGCAUUGAGGUCCUGAAGACUGAGUUUGAGGCUGCCUUAUCAAUCCUAAGGAAGAAAGAGAAGGAUCUUCGUGAUGCGGAGAAGAAAGUCUCCGUGGAUAGGUCAAGGUUGAACCAGACGAAGCAGGACCUCGAUCAGAGGGAGGAGGACAUCAUCAAAGCAUACUCGAGGCAACAUGAAAUGGAGAAAGCACUGAUGAAGGCGAGCAGGGAUUUGACUCUACAAGUCCGACAGAUCAAUAACCUGAAGGUUAUGAUCGAGGAACAAGACAAAAAACUUGUUAGUUCACAAGACGCACUUUCUAAGAAGGUUAUUGAAGUGGAUAAGCUUAAACAAGAGAUGCUGAAGAAGAAUGAUGAAGUAGCUUUGCUGCAUUCAGAGAUCGAGUCCAAGGAACAAGAGCUUCUUGUAGCUAAUCAGGCCAUUGCACGUCAAGAAGCAACAAUUAGGGAGCUUCGAAGUGAAACUAAAAGAAAGGAAACUGAGGUUGAGAGAUUAAAUGAAUUGGCGAAAGCUAAUGAAGACAAACUGAAAUUUGCAGAACAGGAACUUGAGAAGCAGAAUUCAGGAUGGAUUGCAGCACAGCAAGAGUUAAAGGAAUUGGCACAAAUGGCAUUCAAGGAUAAAGAUGAUAUCAAGAAUACAAUCAAUGACUUCAAACGGGUGAGGUAUUUGCUGGAUGCUGUGCGUUCUGAACUAAUAGCUUCAAAAGAGGCUUUAACCUUCUCACGCAAGCAAGUAGAAGAUCAAGCGGCACAGUUGAGUAACCAAGUGCAGGAACUCACAGACCAAAAGGCACUGAUUAUUUCUUAUACCCGGAAUCUGGAAGCUGCCCAGCUGGAGAUUCAAGGAAAGUCAAAUGAGCUCAGUACUGUACAAUCUCGUUGUAGUGAACUUGAAUCUCAGUUACUUGAGGAAACGGAGAAGGUUGAGUUCCUAGAGGCUAUGUUAACCAAAGAAAGGGAGAUCUUGGAACAGAAAACUAAGGAAGUGGCGUUCCUUCAAGAGGAGGUAGUUCAGAAGGAGAAGGAUUACUUCAAUUCACAAAAGCUUGUUGAAACAAAAGAGACUGAGCUGUUAGAGGCGAGGCAUGAAGUCGAAGAUAUGAAAUUGAAGGUGGAUUCCAUACAAUUUGCUGUUCGAGAGAAGGAUUUGGAGCUUCUGGAGGCACAAAGAAAACUUGAUGAAGUUAACAGCGAAGUUGUUGAACUUCAGCAGCUGAUAAAUAGCAAGGAGGAUCAACUGGUCCAAGUUAGAACUGAAUUACAGGAUAAAGAGCAAUGCAUACAAUUGAUGCAGGAUGAAUUGGAUAAGAUGAGAUUAGGACGCUCGCAAGCUGAAUCUGUGGUUCAAAAGAUAGUCGAGCUUACUAGCAAUCUCAUAGGUUCUGUCAAAGGCGAAGAAUUCAACAUUUAUAACUUGCUGGAUGAUGAAAUUUUAAGCACGAGCACAGCCCUUGAGUACAGUUUGCAUAAGCAUAACCAACUGGAGGCUGACAUAGACAUGUUAAAAGAAUCCCUGCGACAGAAGGACAUGGAUCUGACUGCUGCUUAUAAAGCGCUUGACGCCAAAGAUCGAGAGUUGAAGGCAGUAGUUGGAAGGUUAGAUGUUAGGGACAAGGAACUAGACAAGUUGGAAGAGCUAUCCAUAGACCCCUAUGGCACCAGGAAACUGUCUAGAGUUGCUGAUGAGGCAACCGAAGACAACAUUGCUGGUGAAGCGGAGCUCCAAAAGCAUGAGAUGGAAUCUGUGGAGAUGGAGGCACUAGCUGCUAGCACUAUGUUGAAGAAGCUUGCGGAUGUGACUAAGAAAUUCUUGAGAAGUGGUAGAACUGAUUCUGGUACCAAUUUAGAUUCAAACGUUAGUGAAGGUGCUUCUGAAUUGGAACCACAAAGGAAACUUAAUGUGAUUCUCGAGGCUAAAAAGGAGAUUGUCGGGCUAUUUUCUUUGACAGAAGAGCUCGUCACUGGUGCUCAAACGAAGGACGAUGAUGAGGAACCAUAGCAUCAUAAGUUCAUAACUGAACAUAUAACUGCAUCAUGAAUGUUAUGCAUGUCAACUGGAAUGACGCAGCUGAAAUUGUUACCAUCGUUUCCUUUCCUUUUGGGGCUCAGGAUUUCUUUAUGUUCUUUUGGUUCAUGGAUGGCAUCGCAAAAUGAAAAAAAAAGAUUGUUUAGAUUUUGGUUAAAA